UCAGGGACGCCUGGGUUCCUCUUGGGUGACUUGCGGGGUGCAGGCUGUUGGAGCAAUGGGGUCUCCAUCCUUCUCCACCACAGGAUGUGGGUGCCUGCAGGCUGUACCAAACCCUGGUGGGACCAGGGGACCCCAUGCAGCCAAGGGCUGGCCUUGCUUAUCAGCUCCAAGAGGCAGAUUUUAGCCCAGAGGCUUUGAGGGUUUUGACUGUCCCCAAGGGGUGGGUCAGGAUCCAGCUGUACCCUACUGGGAGCUUUUCGUAUCAGCCUUGUGGCUCCCCACUCCAUGCACUGUGCCUUGGGAAAAACCCUGGGCUGGUGAGGGCUGUGUGGACAAGUGGAUGAAGCAGCCUCUGGGCAUGUAGCCAGAAGUCAAAGGCUUAACCUUGCCCCAGAAGCUGUGAGCUGCCUGAGCCCUGUUUCAGCGGGGUGCCAGCUAGGGAGUGCACGUGCCCUGUGCCCCACAGCAGUAGCUACUGGAGAGGCCAGCUCCAGUUCAUGCCAUGGCAACCUGCAUGGAGCCCGGAGGAAACCACCAGCAUGCUGUGCUUGGAGUGGCUGCCUGCCAAUGCCUCGGUUUGAUGUCAGUGUCCUGCUGUGCCCAGCAUCCCACCCCAGCAGUGCCUUGGGCGCCCCAUGAAGCGACAAGGGGGAGGAAGUGUUCCCAUCUGCCCCAGCCAUCCUCAGAGACUGGGCUGGAGCAGUGCCACCAUGCCAGGUGCCCAUAUCCAAUUGCUGGGAUCACCAGGGUUCAGAGGCUCUUGUUUUGGGGCGCCGCUUGCCCCACCACCAUGCCCUCUCACCCUGGUGGGGUGAGCCAGCAGUUCCUGCCCCACCGGCGAUGCACACUGUAAUUAGCGCGGGCAGGGCGGAAGCAUCACUGAUAAUUGGCGGUGACUCUUUAGCAGGAGCCUCACGUGCCUGGGGCACGGCAGGACUUUCCAGCAGGGCUGGUCUGUGGGACCUGCUGGCAUCCCGCUCUGCGGGGCCUGGCUGACUCCCCAGCACCAAGUGGGGACAAGGGUUGGGCGCAGGGUGCGGGGGCGAGCGUUGUCAUUGCCUUCGCUUCGUGCCGCAGCACGCCCUGGUCCCACCACCCCUUCCUAAAAGGCACAGCUGCAGGGUGCUGCCAGCACAGACGGUGAGAGCACAGGGCCCAGGCAGCAGGUAGGCAAAGGAAAGGCAGAGGACAAGAGUUAAAGGGGUGCCGAGGUUUGCCUUUGCUUGCUGGGCUUUCCUCACGGGUCUCCUGUAGCACCCGUGAGCCCAGAGGAGGGGACGUGGUCCCUGUUGUGCCCUGGCAGGGGCGGGCACCCACAGCGCCAUGAACCGGAUCACCGUGUAUGAGCGCGCCAACUUCGAGGGGCUGAGCCGAGAGUUCACCUGCGACGUGCCUGACCUGCAUGAGCUGGAUUUUGGGAACUGCAUCGCCUCCCUAAAGGUGGAGGGGCAGCCAUGGAUUGCCUACACGGACCCCAAAUACGAGGGGGAGCCGUAUGCCUUCGAGGAGGGCGAGUACCCCUCUGUGGAUCGGCCCAACAGCUUCUCAGCACUGCGCCUCGUGCACCACGACCUGGGGGACCCCCAGAUCACCCUCUACGAGCACCCCAACUUCCAAGGCGCUUGCAAGGUGGUGACAGAGGAGACCAACUUGGCGUAUGGGUACUUCAACGACCGGGUGGCCUCCCACACGGUGCAGCGAGGGGUCUGGCUGCUCUACCAGAACCCCGGCCGGGGUGGCUGGCACUGCUUGGCAUGGCCCGGCGAGCAUCUCGCCGACUACAAACUGGAGCUGAACUUUCAGUCUCGGCUGUCCCACCUGCGCCCUCUACGGCCUGGGCGGCCCCUGGUCUCAGCACGUCUCCUCUGGGAACAGAAGCGGGUGGAGGAGGAGCGGGAGGUGCUGGUGGAUGAGAUUGAGGGGGUGAACGAGACCGAGUCGGAGCAGGCGCUGGCGGCCAGCAGCAGCCGGGAGUACGGCACCACACUCUGGCAGAGCUUCCACUUCAGCAAUGCCACCAGCCUCAAAGCCGGGCUCUCCUUCACACUGACCGUGGAAGCCUCCAACAUCUUUACGGUGCAGAAAGGGCGCAGCGAAAGCAGCACUCGCCGGCAGCGCGUGGAGGUGCAGCUGCCGGCCAAGAUCCCCCCGCGCACAGCGCUCAGCAUCCAAGUGCUUCGGAAGGAGGUGACGCUCUCCGUGCCGGUCCUGCUCACCAUCACCCAGAACGAGAGCGUUCGCACGGAGAUGGGUGAAUACCGCAGCGUCUCAGGUACCAAUGUCAGUGCCCGCUAUAGCUUAAAGCCACUGCCAGCUACGGGCAGGGAGCAGGCAGCCACCAAGGGGACAGACACGGUGCCUGGCACCAGGAUGGAACUAUAGCUCUGUGCCGGCGCUCAGCAAUGGCUGUCCCCUCCGUGGUGUGGGACUCACUGUGACACCAACGUUGACUCCAGCACCCACCCAUGGAGGAGCCAGGACCUGCCUUGUCUGGUUGUGUCCGGUGGCUCUGGCUGGCAGGACCUGCUAGUGCCUCCUCCCACCCCGUAUUUCCAAUAAACCCUCUUCCAC